CCCACGGAAUUUUUCCAAAAUGGCGUCACCUCAGCGGGAGGAAGAGCUCGAUCCGAGAAUUCAGGAGGAACUGGAGACACUAAACCAGGCAGCUGAUGAGAUUAACAGUCUGGAACUGGAGCUGGAUGACUCGAGAGCUGCGUUUCGCCAGUUGCUGACCGAGUCGACCCAGAGGCUGAAUGUCCUGGCCAAGAAACUGGGCAGCUGUGUGGACCGGGCACGGCCGUAUUACCAGGCCAGGAGGGAGGCUAGGGAGGCCCAGAUUGAGACCCAGAAGGCCGUGCAGCGGUUUGACCGUGCCACCAGCAUGCACAACGCGGCGAAGGAGAUGGUGGCCGUGGCGGAGAACGGACUGCUGAAGGAGGGACACACCUUCGAUACCACCUGGCAGGAGAUGCUCAACCACGCUACAACUAAGGUAAAUGAAGCAGAAAAGGAGAGGUUUAUUAGUGAGAUAGCCCACCAGGCCACCGCACGCAAGUUUAACGAGAGCGAACAACGCGUCAAGAUGCUUCAGAAGGCCCUCAAACGGGCCAUCGUCAAGUCCAGUCUUGCCACACGUAGGAGUUUGCUCCAACUCAAUGCUCUAACUCAGCAACACCAAUUGGCCUUGUUACCUUACUUUGAGAUGAAGGCCAAAAUUCAAGAAGACUUGGACGAAAGGAAGCUGCGAGUUGAGCGGUUAGAGAAGGGAGUUCUGAAGUCGAAGGCUGAAUAUUCCCUCGCCCUGAAAAACCUGGAGGAGAUCUCUGAAGGCAUCCAUCGGCAGAGGAAGGAGAGACGCGGGAGCGGGGUGGGGGCAGAAGCGGGGUCCCCGGAGUCACGGGAAGAUCCCCAGGGUGUGGGGGAGAACGUACACCUUCCCCGACCCUCCUCACUUCAGGGGAAGGGCGAUGCUGGGACAGCGGUGCAAAAAGACAUUCAUGACAUGACAGGCAAGGAGGAUGGAAAAGUGGAGGAUAAUUCAAAAGAGAACCUUACUUCUCCUAAAACUCAGGAAAAACCCCUCCUUACCAGCCCUGUGGCAGCAGGUCCUUCAGCAUCAAGCCCUGUAGUUUCUUCUCUCAGUGAAGGGAUCGUCCUGUCUUCACCCAGGAAUGUGGAUCCAGUCAGGAUAAAGCUACAGUUUUCUCCUGUGUCAGCCAGUAAAAUUUCUAAAGACUCUGGGAUCGCCGACGACUCUGUGUCAUUAAACGACAACAAAAGUAUGGAGGGUUACGCGUACGGAAUCUCUCCGCCCAAGUCUCACUCCAGUCCGGGGAUAGCGUCAUCGUUACAGCGGCCGGCGUCCAACCCGGGGCCGUACCUGUACGCGCCGAGAUCUCACUCCGGAGUUCUGGGCGGCGAGUAUAAAACUCUCCCUCACACCCACUCAGGUACCAGCGCCGGCUCUCCACUCAGACCGCCACGAGCCGCGACCAAAUCGUUAGACUUGACGGAAUCAGACGCCAGCCCUAUGGACGACGGCAGUAUCUUUACGUCGGCGGACUUGCUUGCGAUCAAGGCGGACCUGGAGAGAAAGGACUCGGUAGAGAGCCUGACAGAGACUGGCAGUGUGUCCAGCCUGUCUGAUGGAGUGGGCAUGGGCAUGAGCCUCAGCCUAAGCAGGCUGAGUUUGAGACUAAGGGAGAGGUCGGACAGUAUUUAAACCAUCUACAUCACAGUCCUUAAAUCAUAUCCCUCCAGUAAUGGUUGUAUAGUUGCCUUUAGACUUAUUUGUACUGUAUGUAAGUAUGGAGUUAGUGAGAAUUUUGGAUAAUGACCAUGAUUUGAAUCUUAAUUUCUUUGCGCAUGAUCAUGUACAUGUUGUAAUUUAUUGCAGUUCAUAGAGAACAUUUUUUCUAUGUGUAAAAUGAUUCUGAUAUUAAUUAAUAUUGUAACAGUUACCUAUUUUCAUCCCCUUCAAAUCUUACAGUAAGAAAGUUCUGGUUCCCUCCAAAACUGACAAAAAUGGAGGAGUUCUGAAACAUUGAAAGUCACAUUCCUUUCUUGUUCACAAUCACAUUAUACUGCAAAUAGACCAACUUGAACACUGUGUGUUGAGGGAACGUCAUGACAUAUCUGCAUUGAUAAUCAAGGGACAUUCCAUGCUUUUUUAGAGUUAGACUACCAG